AUGUCCAGCGCAGUAGCGUCACGAUGCCGCGUGUGUGCUGUGACAAUCGGAGUGCGCGCUCGACAUAGAGGCACGCCCGCGCCCGGGCGCGCUAUCACCGUUCGAAAAGGUAAAUUGGAACGACAUCGAGCAACAGUCACCGCUAAGGUGCCCUUGGAGCCGUGCGAAACGAGGUUGCUGCAGCGGCGGCGGCGGCAGGAAGGCGUCGCUGAACACGCGCUACUAACACUAAUCGUCCCAAUCACAGUUCAAACUUCGAUAGAGAGCCGAUCGAUCGAUGAGCCCAUAUAUAUACUUUCGAUGAUAUCUUCAGAUACGAUAUCGAGACCCGACACGAGGUCGACGACUGCGGUAGCCUCGAGCCGUUCUCCUGUCGCGUCUGCCGCGUUGCCACUGUCGCUGCAAGGACGCGUCGGCUUGUACCCCUCCGGGACCUGGGACAUACUCAGCAAAAGCUUUCACCAAUGAUGUCAAUGACAGCCAACCUUCUGGUUGAAGUUUUAUUUCCAUCUCUGUUGCAAAUUUGUAAUAUUUUGCAUUCAACUACUAGUAUGUCGUACGGUGUCGAUACAAAACUAAAAUCCGGUAAUUUAGAUGAAAUCAAGUUAGAAACUCCAAGGUAUGGUACAGCCUCUCUGUCCAAGU